CUUUGCAGUCCAAACACUCUUUUUGCAUGAGGCAAGUGCCCCCAUAAGACUAUAAGACAUAUGGGACAUAAAAAGUGAAUGAUAAGCAGUGAUAAUGGUUUCAAUAGAUGAGAUGCCCAUUAAACUUCUUAUAGUAUAAAUGUUCGGUGCCAAUUUUUUGCAAAUAAAAUCUAAAUGUUUUUCCCAAGAGAGCUUUGGAUCCAUUUGGAAUUCAAGAAAUUUAAUUGAUUCAUUUUGGACUACAAGCAGUUGUUUGUGUGUAAAAAAUUCAUAUCAGUCUCUGGGAAAACACCCGACUCCAACUCCUUACCAUGACUGGGACUACUUGAUGUUUUCACAGAGAUGGCCUGUUACUUCUUGUUGUCAGUGGGAAGAAACCAAGCCUGAUAAUACUUGUAACCUGCCCGCCGAUAAAAGCCAGUGGACGAUACACGGAAUAUGGCCAACAAAAAUGGGCAAGGAAGGACCAUUUUUCUGUCCCUCGGCAAUGCACUUCGAUCCUGGUCAACUGGAACCUCUCUUGGACGAGCUCAAAGAGCAUUGGACUAAUGUGGAAGCAAACACAAAACUAUAUUCAUUUUGGAAGCACGAAUGGGAUAAACAUGGUACAUGCUCUUCAAUUCUACCAGCUUUAGAUAGUGUCACAAAUUUUUUUACACAGGGACUGACAUGGAAUAAUGAAUUCAAACUCACAAAUAUCUUAGCGAAAAGUAAUAUUAUCCCUCGGAGUACUGGUUACACACCUGAGCAGAUAUAUGGUGCUGUCAAGUCAGUGCUAAAGGUCGAUCCUAUUGUACAAUGUGUUGUUGAUAGGAAAACAAAAAACUCUAUGAUUAACGAAAUCCGAAUUUGCUUCAACAAAUCUUUGGAACUCAUAGAUUGUGAUCCAUCCAAUCCUAUUAACAGGAUAAAAGGAUCUAUCUUGAGUAACUGCAAUGUGAAAAAACCUGUUAUGUAUCUUGCUGAAUUACCGAGCAAUGAUAUAACUUAUCAGAUAGAUUAUGCUGAUAAUGCUUUGAAGCAACAUUAUGAAGAACAGAUGUACUAUGUAGGAAUAUACAGGUUCUUGAAGUUUCUCAUUUGGUUUACAACUUGACUUGGGUGAAAAUUUUGCUCUGAUAGAAAUUUUUAUUUUUAAUUUGGGGUAUUAUUAAAAAAAAAAUGAAAACAAAAAAUUUAACAAAUGGGUAAUUACAUUUUAAAGUUACUUCCAUUGAAUAGAAAAGUACCUAGGCUUGAUCAAUAACGUUAUUUUUCCAUAUAUUUAAAUAUAUGAAAUUUACUAAUUCAGUGAGAAAAACCUCCAUUUCUAUUUGUUAUAAAUGAAUUUUUAUGGUAAUUGUUAAACAUCAAUAUCAGUCAUCAGCUACUGUCUGCCAUUGGUUAAGCACUACCAUGUACUUAACACUAAGUAAUUGGGAGAAAACAAUAUAAGUUAAUUUAUAGAUAGGCAAUUACUUUUGUCACAGUAACCCGGGACUAUUUUUAUAUUUAUAGUGGAGAAAAGCCCCUAAAAAUUCCCGACAUCCAAUGAUACAAAAGUUUUCUGAUUGGUGCGAAUACAAUUUUCAAUUGAUGGGAAAGAUCCAUCCAAAAAUUUUUUUCGAUGAUGGAAGUCGAGAAUAGAUUAUGACAAAUAUUUUCGGGAACCAACUAUUGUCCAGCAGGGAUCUAUGGGUAUUCAGUAUGUUUCUAUUAUAUAUAAUGUAUAUAAUAUCUAUGCUUUUUACUGACUCCUCAAAAUUGACGAAAUGUUAAAACUAGUAAAAAUUGAAAAAAGCUAUUAUCUUUUCUAAUUUUAAACUCCAUGAUAGCGAAAAUAGUAUAAUUAUCUAAGAAUGUCAGGAGACUUUAAAAAAAAUUCUCAUCUUCGAUGUUUCUUUCCUCACAAGAUGUACCAUACUCGAAAGUACUUCAGAAAAGAAAGAUUAGCUUUAUCUUUGAGACAUUCAUAUUUCAUACUGAUAUACUGACAAGCAAAAUGCAUCUACAACGGAUAAUUAUAACUUAACGAAUUCAAUUAAAUUUAACAUCUUCGCAUGUAACGAUUCUAAAUUGAUAACUGAAUAAAGUUGUUUGCAAAAUACUACAAAAAUGUUCUGCUAUCAAAACAUCUAUUAUCUUGCAAAACAUAAGAAUCGCAUCUUAAUAUAAAAAUUAGAGACUAUAUAGAGCAAUCCUAGUUGUAAUUCGUUUUCACCCAGGUUUAGUCAUUUCUACCAAAAGUUAUUCGUUAUUUUUGUUCGGGAAGAGCGAAUAACUUUUGGUGGGAAUGAAAAAUUUGGAAUAAGAUCAAUGUGAACAAAACACAUCUGAUAGUAGGGCUUAAUUUGAAUCUAAUUCGAUAAUAGAGAAAAUAAACAACAAAACACCAAAACCAAACUGUAUUUCAUUACUUCUACAUCACUAAUACAUAAUAUAUUUUUUCUCUUCAAGUAAUAUAAGAAAAGAAACAAGAAAUCGAAGUGAAGAAUUUAACAACCACCAUUUGUUUUAAAUCACAGAACAUUUUAUUCUUCUACAUAAAGAUUUCAACUGAAACAGUAGUACAUAAUACAUCAUUUCAGAAAGAACUAGGCAGAUACAUAUACAAAUUUGAGUUUUUGUUUGUAUAUAACACAUCCAAGUUCCAAGUACUUUUUACGAUUGCUUGCUGUAUCCUCUGUCUGGUAAAUAAAUGAAGCAGUGAUUUUUUUUAUCAGAAUGCCGAAUAUUUGAAAAGCUAUUGUAUAAAACACAUGUUGUGUUUUUGUAAAACUGUUUUUGUGAAAAUCUCGCAAUAAAGUGUUUUUUGAAUAUGUUUGAAAAACGGUACUUCUAUGUAUAUAAUUGUAUGAUGGACACAAUAAGUAAUUAAUCAUUCUAUCCUAUUCUGGAUAGUCCCUGAGAUAUCAUAAACAUUUCUGUUUUACCUUUGACAUUAAAUAAAACUAGUAACCACUUGAAUAUCCCAGUAGUUUUCAGGGAGUUACCCAAUAUAAAAUAUAGGUUAAGAAAAAAAUCAGGCGUCUGCAUUUUGAUCUGUAGAUGGGUUUCUCCACUGUCUGAUAGUCCUGAAUUAUCAGUUUCAAAAAAGAUUAAUUUACAUUAUAGAGGAUUGAGAAUUGUUAAUCUCGAACUUCCAAUAGUAAUUUGAAAAACAAAAAAGUUAUUUUAUUUUAUAUUAAUACGCGUACCUGGUUUGAAAAACACAUAAAGGUCAAUAAGUCGCCUGGAGUGCCAUAGUAACCACUCUCUACCUGUACGUUCGGGUAGUUAAUUAUUAUUAAGAAAGUACAAGUUUUUCUUCAUUUUUGUCCAAAUCGAUAGAGCAUGGUUGGUCCAAUAAUUCAUUACACAGUUUUAGCAGGAUUUGUUCAGAAAUAUUGGAAAUUUGAAUUUUCAAAUUAAUUUUUCAAGUUUUAUACUUCAAAAUUAACCCUGUUUUCUGAAGUAAAUGUGUCAACAAGCAACUGGGCAUAUAAACUAUGAUAUUUAGCAGAGCACCAGUUUACUCCCAAAUUUCACAUUAUUCCUGCCACUUCUACAAAAAAAGGAUCUUUUCUAUAAUAUAGACAUAUACCAUUCAAAAUGGAAGCAUUCUUAUAAAACAUACAGCUUUCAACUGACUGGAAUGUUUUUUUUUUCAUUAGGCAGAUAUUCCAGAAAUUAACUAGAACAACAAAUUUCAUGACUCAGACAACUUUUAUUAUUAUUCAAUGUCAAAAAUCGGAAGAAAUUGGGGAUUUUUUUGACAAAAUAUCGCUGGAUUCACAUAGUUUUUAAAUGGUCUAUGUCGAAGUUAUGUUGAAAAAUGUGCCAUUUAAUUAGCUUACCAAUUUAUUACUAUUAGAUAGAACUCAAAUACAAAUUGAACGACCAAUUUUUCAAAUUUUCUCUACCUAUAACUUAAUGAUUAACAAAUUUUAAUGAAUAUCUCAUUAGCGAUAAACCAAAACCAUGUUGAAUUCAUUGUAGUAGUUAGAAUUUUGAUCAAUGUUGUGGAACUGAAUUGAUGAGAUAAUUAAAUGGCAUAUUUUCCAAAUUUUAUUAUAAGUUUUUAAUGAUGAACCGACAAAAUUUCAACAGAAACCAUAUCCAGUGGUGUUGUCAAAUAAAAA